UUUUAAGUGAAACUGCUUAACAGCUAUAAGAGUAAGUCGAGGCGAUGACUCGAGUGUAACGAAAGAUGCAACGCUCAGGAGCGAGGGCUCGAUUAGGAAAAUAACGAAUUAAGUAGAGUCCGACCACUGUGAGGCUCUUUGCAGGUUUUUUUCGAUGCCAUGUUUGUAAGAAUUGUAAAUCUUUAGUGAGAACCAUCCUCUCUUCCCCCCCCCCCCCCUUAACGGGGUACUUUACUGUUUAGAUUUUAUCGUUCAAGUGAAUUAUUUCAUUUGUACUGUUUUAUCUUUCAAAUAGAUUACUGAAGUGUGAAAAUUUAAUUUCUUAUUUUAUUUUUGUAAAAAUAUAUUGCUAUACAUUUUAAGUGCUAUUGGUUUAUUUAACUCCUGUUGACUUAAGGGGCCCACCUAGUCAGGGGUGUAUCUGUGUCAGUGAGGCGGGAUUACAAGACAGCUAUGAUAUCCGAGCAGCAUCAAUAACAUUAACGGCGGAGAAAUAAAGAUUAAGUUGUAAAGAAAGUCCUUAAGGGGCCCGCCUCGUCAGGGGUGUAUGUGUGUUAGUGAGGCGGGAUGAUAAGCGCGACGCUCGCUGGUGCUUCCAGCGCGGUAUAGCCUCUAAGCGCGAGUCUCUGAACUGGCGCGCAUUCGUCUCGUCGUCACAGGAUAACUGUGAAAUUUGAGCGGUGACCGUAACAUUAUAUGGCGGAGUAAUGAAGAUAAAGGUGUUAUGCAAGCCCCUUAAGUGCUUUCAAGAGUCUGUACUGAUUGUUGUAUGCCUAAAAAUUACUCUGAAAACACGCGUUUUAGGCAUUUUAACGCUUCUAAAAAUACAGUUUAAAAACUUAAUCCGAAAUUAAAAGUACUUUUCGGGCCUAAGCGAACUCUUAAAUGCUAUUCGUAAAUAGGCCCCACUCGGAUAUCUUGAGUAGUUUUGAAAUCGCGUUGUUUUUCCUGAAGCUCUGCACACCGUAUGUGUGCCCAGGUAGGCGGGCCCCUUAAGGGCGCCGCCUACUUGGAGAGCGCAGAGACGUGCAGAGCCUUGGAAAUCCGGCUUUUAUUCGAAAACUAUUCCACGUAUUGUUUUGCGGUUUGGCUACGAAAAGCAUUUAAGGAACAGCUUACAGGCCUAUAAUAGUGAGACGUUCUAUUUUCCCUUACUAAUAGGUAAGUUUUGACUGUGAAAAUGGCUAAAACGGCACUUUUUGCGGCGAGAUUUAGGUAAGAAGAUUCAUUUUCCCGGGCUUCGGAAAAUUAUAGACCCGUAGAAUGCACCUUUGUCUUGCGUCGCGUGAUAAAAAAAAUAUAGUUUCGUAGAUGAAAAUCGAUGGUUCUACGAUGCAGUUCUAAAGCACUGCAUGCCAGUAAGACACUCCAGUGAAGUGGCGCCACCACGCGCUCCGCUCGGCCGCUAUCAGUCCGGGAGGGGAAGUAGCCUUGAGCGGCGGGAAGGUGGGUAUGCGGGGGGAAAAGAUCCGGCUGGUAGGGGGAGUGCCCAGCUGCUGCGUGUCGCUAACCUGAGUCUAGGGCAGUAGCUGUCUUUGACAGACGCACAGUGCGAGGUGCGAGAUAAUAGUUCGUACAUCCAUCAUCCUGCGUGCGUGCUCUGAUACUUGUGAAUGUGUGUGGGUGAAUUGACUCGCGUCAAGUGCCAGUAGAACGUUUAGCCUUUAUACCCAUUUAGAAAGGUUUGAUUUACAAAGGUAUGGAAUCUGCGAGAAAGCAAGUUUUGAAUGAAGACAAAAGAAGAGGUAAAAAACGUCACUUGCGUCUGAAUGCAGUUCGAAAGAAAAGGAAAUGGAACAAAGGGAAAGUUUUACGUUUAGUUGACGGCAGGCUGCGUUACGUGAAAAACCAUGAAACAAGGUUUUCCAACUAUACUUCACAUGAGUCUUUCAGUACAUCCAAACACGCGGGGAAUAUAGAAAAUGCUGUUGAAAGGAAAACCCAGACAGACAGUGAGACUUGCUACAUAACGUUGUCUCCAGCAAGGUGUUCCACCUCUCCCGGCGAUACUGCUUCACAUGAUCAAGUAGACAUCGAUGGAGCAGGUUGUUCGUUUUGGACAAACGAAAUAUUGGCGACACCGCAGAAAGUCACAACUACUGAUUAUCCUACAGAAGAAUAUGAUGUUACUGGAAUAUUUUCAGACACGGAACAAGAGUCAAAAUCGGUCACAUGUGACUACGCUCAGCUUCUUGAAGGCGUGGAGAAACUUUCGUCACCAGCAUCUUCACCAGAACAAACCUCUCCUAAAAAAACUUUCAGCUCUGAAUCAUCAACCUUUCCGAUACAAGGCCGUCGACUGUUUGAUGUUGACUUUCUAUUCAAAGAAAUGUCGCGCAUCAGCCAACAUAACAAAGUGUUUCAGUGUUCGUUUGAAAAUAUGCGAUUAAUAAAAGAACAUAAAAAUGGAAUGAUAAGUAAAUUUGAUUUCAAGUGUAAUAUGUGUGGUACUGUUGAAUCUAUUUUCUCGGAGGACCCCCAAACAAAUAAAGUCAACUGUAACAUGGCAUGGGUGAACAGUAUGUUGUUAACGGGCCAAAGUUUUACACAGUUACAAGACAUAACUUCAACUUUGGAAAUGCCUUGCAUGGCCAAGGAGACUUUCAACAAAUGUCAAAAAUCCCUAUCUUCUGUUAUACACGAUGUCGCAUGUCAAAGUAUGGAAGCCGCUGGCAAAGAAGAAGCAAGAUUGGCAGUAGAAAAUGGCAGUGUGGAUGUCGACGGAGUUCCUCUCAUAGCAGUUGUCACUGAUGGAGCUUGGUGUAAACGAUCGUAUGGAAACAAAUAUGAUGCUCUUUCUGGGGUGGUAAGUUUGUGUAUUACGUAAUCUUAUUGCGUGUUGAAUAAUAAUUUGUAGGCAAUCUGUGUUAUAUCAGUAAUUAUGUAUUAUUAGUAACUAAAAUAAGUUCAUGACAGUGUGAACAACACGUAAUAGUUAUUUUGUUAAUAUUUCCUUCUUUUGUAGAUAAAUGCGACAAUUUAAAUUCUUUAUAAGUGCAAACAUUGUAUAGUUAUUUUGUGAUAGACCUGUUUGCUAGUAUGAAAGUCUUUUAGGCCUACCGGCAUAGAGCCAUAUACUUAGAGCCUAUUGGCAUAAUGCCAGACAUUCGAAAUAAUGUAAUUAUCCUGAUUAUACAAUGUUCGUUACCUUACAUUAAGUUUUACAGCGAACAGAUUAAAUAUGCUUGUUUUUUUUUCUUAUAGGCUUGCAUAGUAGGAAAAGAAACAAAAAAAGUUAUCUUCGCAAGCACUAGGAAUCGAUACUGCUGCAUAUGUUCACGAGCAAACAGUAAAAAUGAGACGCCAAAGGACCACGUCUGUUUCAAAAAUUGGAACAAGUCUUCAAAUGCCAUGGAAUCUGACAUCAUAGUGGAAGGUUUCAAAUGCAGUGUUUCCAUGCAUAACCUGAAAUAUCAUCAGCUGAUUGGUGAGUCACAAGGUGAUCAGUUAAUUUCAGAUGUUAUUAAUUAUUAUGUAUUUGUGUCGAUAGUAUAUUUUCGAAAUAAUUUCAAUGCCGUGUGGUAUUUAAUGUUUUUAUUUCCGACGUCGCACGUUUCAUAUGUUUUCAUACAAUGCUGCAUAUUGUAACGAACUGAAAUGUAGCGCUUUUGUAACAGCUACUUCCUAAAUAUACAGAAAGGUAUUAGCUCUACAAUGUUUAUAAAUGUAACCUCGCGAAGAGUAGGUACUAAAUAUUGUGAACUAUAUGAAAAUAGUUAGCCUCAGAGCAGUAACCGAGCGCUCUGAUAUGCCUACAAGAAGAACGUGCAUAUGUGGCCAUUUCGAGUUAAAAAUGAUUUGGUAGUUUUCUGUAGGUAUUUUUCAGUGAGCCAUUGUAUGUAAGUAGUUGUGUUAAUUAAAGAAAUGUUGUCUUGCACUUGUAUUUCAUACCCCAGAAAUAGCAUAGCCAUACAAUUCAGAGCCUACCACUAUGUUAAUAUAUGUACUUCUUUGAGAGCUUAACUGCAGAUUUAUGUCUUGGUAUGGUUCUUAGGAAUAUUUUUAAAGGGUAUGCAAGGUAUAAAGUUUUCCAUUUAGCCGAAAAAAGGACCCAAAAAUAUUGUAAAGUAUGCGGCCUUAGUUUUAAUAUUUGUGAGAAAUAGAGUAUUGAAGUCUUAUCUUGUUUAAGGCCAUGUUACAGCGUUUAACGGCCCUUCAAAAACAAUAAUUUUUAAUCAAUGUUUUGUCUAUACAGAAAAAUCACCCAGUUUUAACAAUACCACCUUAAACGUUUUAUUAAAGUAUUGUCAUACCAAUAAACAUAACAGUUUUUUUCCAAUAUUUCUAAAUAAGUUAACGCCAAUUUUUUGCCCGAAAAUGAGAUAAAGAAUGACAAAAUAAUGCAUGCGGCCGAAUUAUACGUGGUAGAUUUAAAUAGCUUCUAAGGAUUUGUUCACAGUUUCAUUUCACGGAGUCUAGAAUUUUCUCAAUUCAUUACAUUGGAAACUAACUGAUAAAUUUAACUCAUUAUUUUCGAAACGCUGCAACAUGGCCUUGUAUUUUUUUUCGUAUAUAAAUAAAUACCUAUACAUUUAUCACAUUAGUACGUAGCGUGUUGUAAACAUUUUCAGGAGAUGGCGAUAGCAGCAUUAUGACCCAGUUGGUGAAGGCUCAGCCAUAUGGUCCAAAUUUUACAAUCACCAAAAUUGAAUGUACUAACCACAUACUGCGAAAUUACCUUCGAAGGAUACGUUGUAUUGCUCAAAAGACGAAAAACGAAAUUGGUUCCGUUUCUCCUGUUCUACGAAAGGCUGUAUCUGACAAACAACUCCGCCUUCGAGCUGCAGUCACCGGAGCUGUGCAGCAUAGGCGUGCUCAAAAAGAGUUUCCAAUUCACAGAAAAAUUGAGGAGUUAAAACUUGACAUUUACAAUGGUCCAUUUCACGUAUUUGGUGACCACUCAGGAUGCGCAAUUAGAGGUUAUUUCUGUAGCGGAUUGAAAGAAAACGAGGAAAACCUUGUACCGCCUCUUCAAGAGGCAGGUAUAUGGUCAGAAAUAAUAGCAGCUCGAAACAUUGUUGCACAUCAUGCUGUAAGCCUUUUACAUAAUGUCAAUACUAAUACAGCAGAGUCUUUCAAUAAUGUGGUUUGCAAGCAUGUUUCAAGUAAACGAGUAAACUUUUGUUUGAGUGGUGGCUACCAAACAAGAAGCGAGCUCUCUGUAAUUUCUUUUAAUUCAGGUCCUCAAACACAGUCCUUUAUCCAUAAAGGUUUAACAAACAGUAGUCCUGGAAACAUCACUAAAGCUCACAUACAGCGCAAGGAACGUUCAUCAGAGAAAAGAAAGCUCAGGAGGCUGACAAACCCACAAACAUUUAAGCGCAGAAAGUUGUAUGUGACAGGUCCUGACAAGGAUUAUGGCUGUGUAGAACAACGCAUACCUGACAUGGAACCAGACGAAUAUGCAAGACAGACACAGGAAUUUCUCGCUAGUCUUUGUAAAACGGAUGAAGAACGAGAAAAUCUACAAAUCGCUACCAAAGGGCAAAAUGAUUCUGUUCUCUGGAAAUCAGAAAGAAUCAAGCGACUGACAGCAUCAAAUUUCGGUAGAAUCUGUAACAUGAAGAAAUCCACUAAGCGAGCAAAAUCCGUUGUCAAUAUAUUGUACAGUAGGUUUUCAGGGACGGAGGCCACAAGGUAUGGAUUGGAAAAUGAGCAUAGCGCCAUUCAGGAUUUUGAAGUGAACUUUGGUAAGAAGGUGGCUCGCUGUGGCUUAUUCGUCGAUAAGGAACACCCAUGGCUGGCAGCAACACCUGACGGUCUUGUUGGAGAUGAUGGUAUCCUUGAAGUAAAAUGUCCUGCCGUAGCUGCCAGAAUGUCUCCACAAGAAGCAGUGGAACAGAAAAAAGUAACAUUUUGUAACAUUGUGGAUGGUAAAAUGUUUCUGAAGAAAGGACAUGCUUACAUGUACCAAGUGCAGGGACAACUGCAUAUUACCAAUCGUAAGUACUGUUAUUUCGUCCUUUGGACACCACGUGGCUUACUAGUGCAACAAAUUGAAAGAGAGAACAGUUUCUGGAAAGAAAAAAUGAUCAACAAACUGACACAGUUUUACAUGACGUGCCUUCUACCGGAAAUAAUAGAUCCACGUUAUCCUAGGAAUAUGGAAAUCAGGGAACCUGAUAAUACACUGUAAACAAUUGAUGGACAAUAGCCUUACAUGUAAGCCAAAAUUACCACAAACAGUACAGGUAAAUUCCCAUUUUUAAAGAAGGAUAUUAACAACAAAAAUGAUUUCAUAAAGAUUACAGUUAGGCCUAUAGAUUUUUGUUUUCUAGUCCAAUAAACAAUUGAAACAUAGAAAAUUGGCGUACUAGUUUGACGAAAGAUGUUUGAAAUGAUACAGUUAUACAGACAAGUGCCCAGUUGCCAGUUUCCGUGCCAACAGAAAAAAAACCUUAUGUUUGUGUAUGCUGUGAAAUACUUAAAUCAAUAUAAUGUAACAGUGUAAUUGGCAUGCAGUGUCUUAUAACUUUGCACUUAGAUUAUAUUAUUAUGGGCCGUAUCUCAUUGUGAAUCGUUUUAAAAGAUAUACGUAAAAUGUUUGUUUCACUCUACAUGUUAUAUUGUGCGCUGAUAGUUUACUACUAGUAUCGAGCAGCUGUUUAUUUUUAUUUUUGGUUUUGAUGUAUUAACAUUAGUUUCAUUAUUUGUAUUUGCACCGUAUUAUUUAUCAAGAGUGUUCGAAACGAAAUAAUUUGUUAUACUGAAUCUGAAAUAGUUGUAUGAAUAUAUUUAUUUUUGUAUGUUUAAAUAUGUAAGGUGGAAUAUUUUUUUGUGUAAACAAUUAGUAUGUAUGUUCAGAGCUAUUGUAUUGUAGCUAUUGUCUCAACAGUUUCAAAACAUUAAGCCAGUUUUUUACCAUUUACUUAAGCUGAUUCAUGGUGACAACUGUCUUAUUUUGUGGUACAAAUUACAUAGAUGUAUAACCUGUAUUAAGAAUGAACAUAACAAUUCUCAUAGAUAUAAAAUGUAAAUAAAAUAUGUAAAUGUGGUAUUGUUGAAUGAGCAUUAGGUGUUGUGUGAAUAAUAUAUUUUGUUAUGAAUGUUGUAAUUUACAAGAAAGAUAUUUAUAUACAUAUGUUGUAAAAUAUACACAUAUCCAUACACACUUUGCAGCAAGUGAUUUCAUUACAUACCCUUCCAUUUUAUUUUGGCAUUUUGUAUACACUGCCAAAGGAAAAGUUUAAUUACGAUUUACUACCAAUCUUUACAAAGUGCCUACAAGAGGUUUACAUUUGUGGAUACAUGUGCCUCUGUAGUACAUUAUUAUUGUAAUAGUGAACGAAUAUUAAAUUCACACAUCUGGUACUUUAAAAUUAAGUAGGAAUAUGAAGAAAACAUACAUUAUAGUAUUUGUUACAUUAAGAAGGAUCACAAACACACAUGGUAUUACCCAUAUUAAAAUAAGAAUAAUAUAUAAAUACAUUAAGAUUAGACACAUUACAGAGUUUACAUUACUUAAGACCGACGACAAUAAAUAGGGAUGUAGUACGUUGAGUAACAUUGUCAUAUAUUACAUGACAAAUUAAUCCUUUAGUACACUCACUAGGUCAUUGAAUAAUCUAAGACAAUCAUAAGAAUAAACUCAGGCAAUAUAGAAAGGCCUAUACGAGUACACAAACGAAUAAACAUUAGACUACUAGUUAACUUACAGUAGAACAAAAACUAAACAUGUCUUAAUUUUUUAUAAAAUAUUUCAUAAGUUUAUUUAUGACCCGCAGUGAAAUUUACAGUUUUUUUUUGUCCUGAAAUAAAAUUGCAUUCGCUAUGUUCUUUCUAGACAUCGUUUUCCGCACUAUCUCUUAAAAAUUGUGAGCUGUAGCGCUAAGCAGCACACAGGCUGACGAACAUAUAAGAAUAAAUUUAGCCAAUCAGUGUACGCUAAUGCGUAGCAAGUUUAAUAGUUCAGUCGGUAAUAAUCUAAAUUAUUUGUUAUUAAAUGCAAUAGAAACAAAACGAUCUCAUUUGAUAGCAAAUGUAGAUAGUUGUUUUAAAGUACCACAAAUUUGAAACACCAUUUGUUAAUUCACAGCCAACCAUAUAAGGAGUGAGGCAAUCAUCGUUUACGUAACAUAUGAGAGGCUAAUAUUGAUAAUGGUGUAAGUCACUUAUAUUCCGAAGCACUAGUGUUACAUUAAAUAUGUUUCAUACGAAAGCCCCUCUAAAUUAUUUAAUAUUUAUUAACUUUCUCACAAUCAUUCAAGCACUUAGUUGGUUCUGUCUUUUAAAUAUCAUAACAAAUAAUUGUUUUGUUAAAAAUUGGUAAUGUGCCUUAUUCCACUAUCAUUCUAAGCCUUUCAUAUCAUUGCAUGCAGUUACGGCAUUCAUUAUAAAAGGCCACUUAUAUUUUCCGAGUUUGAAUAGGAAAAUAUAUCUUUAUUCGUUAACCAUUUUUACUAAAGCCUGUUCUACAGUGACACGGAACCGUAAGCAACGGAAACGCAUAACGGAAACUCAAACGCAAUCGCAAGAGUUGUGUUGCCAAUCUCAUGCCGAAGCGUUUCCGUGUCCGCUUGCGUCCACUGUUGCAAGUAUAUUAAAAUAUUCGUUUUUGUGCGUUCACUGUAGAACGGACCUAAUGAUUUAUAAGAACGGCUGAAAACAAUAGCGUCCGAAAUGAAAUAUGCUAGAUGUAUUUUACUGCAGAACAAUAAACGGCGAUUGUUUCAUCAGCUGCAAAAUAUUGCAUACAAACACAACUUUAAAAGCAACAGAGCAUUCGUUUAAUGGGUAAUAAUAAUUAUAUUAUAGUUUCUUCAUUCCAAAAGAAAGUAUCAUGGCAUAAAAAUAUCUUUCACGAUUCUCUGAAGUGUAAUCUGGCCUUAGUUCAGCGCGGAAAUCCUAAACAAUGACAUUCCGCCGCAUGCGCCAGCCAAGUGUCUCGAGGUGCCGGCUCGGUGCCGGGAAGCGGACACCACGUUCACUAUCUGCCUCGCGCCCUUUCCCCUGCCCCCGCACUCUCCCACCCAGGUGUCUGCUCGGCGGUCGGGUGGGGGAAGACACCAUCCCGCUAGUGAUGGGCAGAACGGAUCUUUUGACCGAAUCGGUUCUUUUGGAUCAGUACCGUGAGAUGAUUCGUUCAGAACGAUUCGUUCAUCUCGGUCAAUUCGUUCUUUUCUGUGUAUGGGAUCUGGCUCUUUUAUCAGGUGUCGUAACUCGUUCAUCCUUUAGAGUAUUACGUACGUGUUUUUGUAUUUGAAUUUGAACAUUGCUUUCCGUAGCCAGUGAAUCACAGUUGCGUAUAUGAAACAAGAUUAUUUAUAUUUUAUUACUUUUUAAGUUACAAAUAUUAAUAUAUAUGCUAUUUACACUCUAGUGACAGUAAAGUGUUUACAUGUAGACCAACACAUUUAGAGAAAAAAGACAAAAAUUUAAUACUACUGCAAUUCAGUAUGAAGAGAAACAAAUGAAGUAGGGGAGAGUAGGGUAUAACGGGGUACUUAGUAUAAAUCGCUUUAAUUUAUUGUUUUAAUAUUGCUGUAUCUGUCUGAAAACAUCAGCAUGCGUAGAUUAGAAUGUGAGUUUAAUUCUGCAACUAGUACCGUGUCUUCUGAAAUAUUAUUCUUGCAGAGAUAUUUAUUUAUUUGAAUGUAUGCACACUACCCUGUUUUACCCAACUGGUUGGGUAAAACGGGGUACAGAAAGCAGAUUUUUAAAAUGAUUUUACAUGUGCACUAUAAAAAAUUCUGAACAACAUGUAGUAUGAAAAAUAAAUACAAAUGUCAGUAAAAAUAUGAGAAUUUAAAAAAAAAUCAAUUAUAAGCCUUCACCUUACAUUUUCCUCUGUAUUUGCAGUAAAACUUCACAAAAACAUUGGUUUGCGGAAAAUCACAAACAUUGUUUGAACAACAAUAACACAACACUGUUAAUUUUGAGGAAGUGGUUAGUCUAAAAGCAUAAUCUUACUAUGUAUAAUACAAACUUGCAUAUGCGGUGAACCCAAAUAUCUGACAAAACAUAUGAUUGUUUAAUUAGCCUAAUAUGGCAUAGUAGGCCCAUCAGAACACAAAAUAAGGCCAGAGUCUUUAUUCCAAACUGGCAGAAAUCACAUUCAAAUGGCCUACAGUCAUCUGUGUCUACACCAGCACAUCCUUCAUGGCUCCAAGAAUGACACUUUAAUCAUUGCACCCAACUUUCGGCUGAUUUUGAAGUGGAGAACUGUUCAGCGCAAUAAAUGCAAGGAACGUCAUCAUCAUCAGACACACGCAAAGUUACUGUUGGUAUGGAUUUGUUGCUGUCUUCUUUAUUCUUAUGUGUUUUAGAACUGUUUUGAGAUUUAGACACACCAGAAUUUUUCCUUUUUAAAGAUUUUGGUGAAGCUGACUGAAUAAUAAUUAGUUCGUUCUUAUAUGGCGAGUCGGUCAGCACAGCUGCCUUGCCACGUCGUCGUCCUCUUCCUUCUGCAGGAUUCCUUUUGACAUGGGAAAUCGGCAUCACUGUAGUCGGUGGAAUUGUGAAGCUACUGUUUGAUGAAGCAUUUCGAUUGUUUUUAUCAGAUAGGCCUAAACGAGAUUCAGUUGGUGAAGAUACCAAACCAGAUGUCCCAGGAAUAUUACCAACACUGACAUUUCCAUGGGACUCUGAAGGCAUUGUGUAAGCUCGAUCAGUUGUUGCAGCAGUCACUGGAAUAUCACCUACACUGUCAUUUCCACUCGGUUUUGAAGGCCUGGAGUUAGCUCGGUCAGUUGUUGCAGCAGUCAGUGGAAUAUCACCAACAGUGUCAUUUCCACUCGGUUCUGAAGGCCUGGAGUUAGCUCGGUCAGUUGUUGCCGCUGGCUAAAACAUCCAAUCUGGGAAGAUACUUGCAUCAAGGGGAAAUAUUCCAGUUCUUCUGAAACCAUUUACCGCAGUUUCCAUAGAAGCGGCCUUCAUAAAUGCAGCGCCAUAGAGUUUCCCGAUCUGGUUAAUUGUAAUGGGACGUCCAGGAUGUAAACGAACCCAUUUCCUUGCUUCAUCACUAUAAUACUGCAUCAAUGGGGACAUGAAGGAAACAUCUAAGGGCUGCAACCUAUGGGUGCAGUGUGGGGGAAAACACAAUAGGACGACAUGGUUUUUUCGAGCAUGGUUUUUAUUUUUAAAAAUAGAAAAAAAGAUAAAGUCAAAUUACAAUUUAAUUACAUGGGCCUACAACAUUUUUACGUUUCCAAUUUUUUUCCUCACCGAUACAAGACUUUUGGUUGACUGUAUAAAUGUACUGUAGGUAACUCUGUAUAACAUUUAGUAUGCAUAACAAAACUGUUUUUAAUUAUAAAAGUCAUUUGCACAAUUGAUCGAAAAGAUGAUUAAAACAGGAAACUGGUUGGACAGAACGAGGUACUACCCCGUUUUACCCAUUACCUGUGUACCCUGUUUUACCCUACAUGCAGGUUCUCAAGCAAAAAGACAACAGAAAAUCUUAACACCCGUCAAUUACAUCGGUUACUAUGGCACAACAUAGCAAAUAUAAUACUUUACUUGAAUACAACUUACCAUAAAAUAUAUCUGCAACCACUGAUUAAAUAUUGUAUAGCCAAUACACGCUAAACAUUUUAGUGAAACUUCAUAAAUUUGUAAUUUCCAUUAUUACGCACGAAAGAAUACUGUGCGACACUUCAUACUACCUCACUCUAGUGACGACGUAUAGAGGAGUAACUUACCAAACGUACACACAGAUAGCACCACGUGUACGGAAAAUAACAGUGGUACCCCGUUCUACCCAACUACCCUGUUUUACCCAACUCUCCCCUACAUUAAUUAACCCAAAAAUGGUAAGUGUGAACAUUUGUAGUUACUUUCCCUGUUAUUUUUUAAUUCAUACGGUUUUUUUUUUUAGUUUUUUAUUUCCAAAUUUGUGUAUGUGAAUGUGAAAAAGCAAUUUUAAACCACUACUUAACAGUUGACAUUUUCAGGUAUAGAUACUUUUCAUGUUACCCUAUUUUAUUUGAUCAGUUAUCGUUUGCUCUUGUGAACAUGCGCACGCUGUGAUUACUAAUUCUUCAGACUCCUGACGUCAUGAAUCUUACGAACGAAUCAGACCGGGCGCGUGACCGGUUCUCUCAUCUCGUUCUCUCGUUCUCUCCGCGUUUUCGUUCUUCCGAAUCUUUCAAGGUACCGGCUCUCAAAGAGCCGGUUCUUUACAUCGCGAACGAAUCGCAAGAUUUCGUUCUCUCAAAGAUUCGUUCUUUUUGAACGAAUCGUUAACGAACGACCCAUCACUACAUCCCGCCUUUCGAGGGGCGGAAAGCCACGGCGAGUAGUUCCAGCGUCUGCCGCGAUUCCUGCACGAAGAUGAGCCCGUCCAAGCGCGCGAAGUGAUUUUCCCACGGACAUAGGCGGCGCCCUUAAGAGUGUUUUUUUAAUAAUCUGUACCGGGCUUUACAUGUCUAAAAAAUAUUCUGAAAACACAGAGAUUUAGCAAUGUUUCACUCUUCCUAAAAACGGUUUUGAAAACAAAACACGGAAACAAAACUACUCAUCCGUCCUCAGCGUAUUCUCGAAUGUUUUUCGUGAGCAGACACCACUGAGCAGUUUCAGGAAAUCGCGUGGUUUUAUCUGAAGCUCUGCACAUCUUCUCAGGUAGACGGGGCUUUCAAAACAGAAAUGCGUUCAAAAAAAACGCCUUUUGUGGGGAAUUUUUAAAAAAUUAUAUUUUUCAAUAUUUCAGACUCGCAUUUAACUGGGAGGCAUAUUCUACCCCGUGCAAAACCCUCAGGUCACCUCCCCCCUUCCCCCUUCAAAAAAAAAUGGUUGUCUGUAAAGUCGGUUUACGGACGAUAGUUUAACGUGACAAAAUCAUAAAAAAACAUUGAUGAACUGAUUGCAUACUUUUAUGAAUAAAAUUGAAUCAUUUUUAUUGAAUUAUCACUACUUUGUAUGGAUACAAAGAAGGAGUGAAAUGAAAUAUACAAUUUAAUUGAUAAAUUUGCUUUUCUUUGCACUCAUUAAUUCAAAUAUGUUUAUUACGUUAACGAAGAGAUUAUUUUAACUAUAACUUGUAUACAUGUUUGCUAUUUAACUUCUUUCAAUCUGUGUUAUUCUGUUAAGGAUAGGACGAUGAUAGGAAAAGUAGGAAACGAAUGGGAGUGUUUCAAGUUUAAUGUGCCUCGAAAAAGUCAAAUCGAUGGUUGUUCCAAUCGAGUGGAAGAGAGACAGAUGCGGCGCAAGCGUACAAUGAGCGUAAAGGGACACAGCGUAACGGGACAAUGUGCGUUACGGGACACUUUUUCGUGCGUGCAGCCGGCGUUCAUCGAUUUAUUAGUCGUCACGUCAAAAAUCGCCUUUUGUGGGGCAUUUUUAAAAAUUAUGUUUUUCAAUAUUUCAGACUCGCAUUUAACUGGAAGGCAUAUUCUACCCCGUGCAAAACCCUCAGGUCACCUCCCCCCCCCCUCCCCUUUCAAAAAAAAUAUAUAUCUGGGACAGCUACUGUAUUGACUGGACAUAUCGGAUGCACAAUUUCGUUUUCUUUGGGCCCUGUCACACUGUCAAAUUUUCACUUCCGAUACCUUCCAAUGUUAUGUGUCAAAUGAAGUUGGAGGGUUAUGACGUCACCGCAAACGUCUCUGGAUCAGCCACGUUUGUUUGACAAGUUGGAUGACUUGAGUUCCCAUAAAAUAAUUUUCAUAUAGGACGGGUUCCAAAAUAAGUUGGGUGUUGGAUGCGACCAGCCAUCAAAAAUCGAGCCAAUCGAAAUCGUGCCAAGCGAAAACGGAAAUGGCAUCAGUUCCCGUCUAAAUUAUUCUUUAAAAUGGCGAAGAGCACAUGGCCAGUUAAAGUGGUAAAAAGAAAUAUGGUUACAACUAAAAUAAGGUUAAUAUGUUUGUCGUAUGCGAAAACCUUUUUAUGUGUAAAAAUGAAAUUAUGUUUCUAUAACUUUAAAAAAUCUUAGAAAAAUUAUUUUAUUAUACAACGAUUAGUAUUGAUUUAAAUUUAUUCACGUUCAAAUUUUUCUUUAAAAAAUGCACAAACAUAAUAAGUUUAAAAAUUCCGUCCAGAGCU